AUGCCGUACACGCUGACAGAAAAGACGGGAAUCGAUCCCGCUGCGGUCCAACACUGGAACUCGGUCCUGAUCGCCGUCUACGGCGCCGCUCUCCUCGCCUUUUCACCCAUCUGCGGCCACAUCGCCGACCGCACAACCACGCGCCGCCUCCCCCUCCUCGGCGGCCUCGCCGCCCUCGCCGGCGCCACCGUCAUGCUCAACGUCGGCUCCUCGAUGGCGGUGCUCGUGGCCGGCCGCGUGCUGCAGGGCGCGUCGGCCGCCGUCGUGUGGGUCGUCGGGCUGGCGCUGCUGGUCGACACGGUGGGGCGGCAGGGGCGCGUCGGGCUGGCGAUGGGGUGGGUGAGCGCGGCCAUGAGCCUGGCGGUGCUGGUGGCGCCGUUGUUGGGCGGGGUGGUGGUGGAGAGGGCGGGGUAUGGCGGCGUGUUUGCGAUGGCGUAUGCGCUUUUGGGGGUGGAUGUGGGGUUGAGGGUGGUGUUGGUGGAGAGGAGGGUGGCGGCGAGGUGGGAGGGGGGUGGGGGUGGAUGUGGAUGUGCUGGCGGAGGUGGGAGGGGUGGGGUUGUGGUGACGGCGGCAGCGACGCCGGAAGAGCGCUGCUGCUGCUGCUGCUGCUGUGGAGGAGGACGAGGAGGAAGCGGUGGAGACGAUGGUGACGAUAAGAAGAAGGAAGAGGAGGAGGACGACGAGGGGAAAGAGAAGAGCGCGGAGGACAUUUCCCCGGUUUCCAACCAAUCCGCACAGGAUGAAGACCCGGAAAAGCAGCAGCAGCCACCACCACAAAAACAACAGCAACAGCAACAAACCGCCCGCCCAUGCCCCCACCACCACCACCACCACCGCCCUACCACCACAUCCUCCCACCAGUCCCGCCCCCAGCCCCGCCGCCGCCUCCGCCUCCGCGACCGCCUCCCCCCAACCCUCUCCCUCCUCCUCUCCCGCCGGCUCUGCGCCUCCCUCUGGUCCACGCUCGUCGUCUCGAUCCUCAUGUCCAGCCUGGACGCCGUGAUCCCGCUCUACGUGCGGCAAACCUUCCACUGGGGCCCCACGGGCGCGGGGCUCAUCUUCCUGCCCGUCGUGAUCCCCUCGUUCCUCGCGCCCGCCUUCGGGCGGCUCGCGGACCACCACCAGCGCGGCGCCGCCACGACGUGCUCGUGCUCGCCGCGCUGGCUCACCGCCGCGGGCUUCGUGGCCGCGUGCCCGUGCUGGGUGCUGGCGCGGCUGGUGGUGCGCGACGCGCUGGCGCACAAGGCGCUGCUGUGCGCGCUGCUGGCCGGCUUGGGGGUCGCCCUCGCGGCUGUCAUGCCCUGCGUCAUGGCGGAGAUUACGCUCGUCGUGGCGGAAAAGGAGAGAGCGGUGCCGGGCAGGUUUGGGAAGAUGGGCGCGUAUGCUCAGGCGUAUGGGCUGUUUAAUAUGGCGUGGGCGGCGGGCGCGCUGGUGGGGCCGAUUUGGGCGGGGUAUGUGAAGGAGCGGGCGGGGUGGGGGACGAUGGGGUGGAGUUUGGGGUUGUUGGCGGCGGUUAGUGCGGUGCCGGCGGUGCUGUGGACUGGUGGGUGGGUGUUUGGGAAGGGGGAGGAGAGGAGGGUUGAGGGAGGUGGGGAGGGGAGGGCUUGA